UAUUUCUAAACAACAUGGAUCAAGAAAAGGGAAAGUUGCGAUGUGUUUACAUGUACAAAUUGAGAUACGUUUCUUAAAAAGCUAAGCAAAACAAGUCUAUAUGCGUUCAAACUUUAUCGAAGCAUGUUAUCAGAGAGAAUAGGAAACUCCACAAUUUGCUUUUAUGAAUUAUUUAAAAUGUAAAGAAGUUUUUGAUGUGGUAUACAUUUUUCAAUACUCUACUAAUAAAUCCUGUUGUUAUCAAUAGCUGGAUCGCUCUGACCUUAGCAAGUAUAUAGUUUUAGUAAAUUUAACUUUUUACAUAACCGUUGUUUGACACCUUCGGUUUUGUUAGACCUUUGGCAUUUUUAUUUUAUUUUAUUUUUACUUUGUUGUUGGACCUGCUUAUAUUUUUAAACGUUUUGUUUCAACGGGUAUAAAUAUGAUACAGAUUGUGAGCAACCUCAUUCCCAGGGCUUUUUUUCUCUUUUAUUAUUUUUUUAUUGUUGCAUGCUUAGACGUUUUGUUUCGGUGGUUAUAGAUAGAGAAUAAUAAAUAAAUUGUGACUUUUAAAAAUUCUAAUUAUUGUGUUCUAUGUUUUUAUUUGGCACUCCUCAUAUGGACUCGAUGAGAGAUUCAGUGGAUUCUUCUACGGGACUUCAGCUAGUAGGAUUAUUAAUUUGCACUGUAAAAUCCACUUAGGCAGGACUACAUUGGAAAUGAGAAUCGUAACUUGUAUUUUGAUGACGUCUGCCAGGACCCGUCAAUACAAUAUUUUUUUCCUAGAAUUUGUUGACACGUUGCUUCCAAUGUGUAGAGCAUGAAACACUAAUCAAAAUAAUGCAUAGAAUCAUGUACAACACCAACAAUAAUAAUCUAUAUAAUAAUACGCUAAGUGUGUCUGUGACAGGCAAAGUGGAUGUCUUCAUUUUCCUUUGAUGUUGCCGAAAAGAAAUCUUUGAUGUUGCCGAAAAAAAUAUGUCUUCUUUGUCGUGAAAAGGCGCGAGUUUUGUGUGGUUUGUUAAAUGAAGUUCUAGCGCAAAGUAACGGAAAUUGUGUUUGCAAAAAAGAUGGCUGUCCUUUUUAAGCAUUUGUCUUCUCUUGCCUUCAAAAUAAAUCUUUACAAAAGCAUUUAAAAAGGGGCAUGGUAUAUAAAUGAAGUAUAGAAAGGUUUGUUUAUGAUUUUUAAAGUUUUGAUGAUAUUAUUGAUGCGAGACAUGUUUGUUAGCUAGCAUCAACCACACCAACAACAACUAGCUAGGUAGCUAGGAAUUUAUAAAUAUGUAGCCAUGUUCUUUAUACCUAGCUAAGUCUCCAGUUUAUAUUUUAGUGACCAGCUAUUAGCUGCUGUAGCUACCUUAUGUUAGCUUCAGUUUUAUGUUGCUUUUUGCAUGUAAGCUAAUCUUAGUGGUCUUUGCUAAGAAUGUGACUGUAACUUAUUUUAAUUGACAUUCUAAGCUUAAAUUAACAAGCCACAACAACUUUUAAAAAAGUAUUACAUAAUAUUUAAGAAGAGUUUAAGGACUGUUUUUAAGCAAAUAAUGUAUUUUUCACAAUUUGUGUAUGCAAAAAAUGUAUUUUUCACAUUUUGUGUAACUAAACUUAAAUACAUCGGUUACAUGCAAUAUGACGAAACAAUUUUUAUUUAACAUGUAGUAAUUCUGGUACCUUAAGUGUAGUGAUUUUUGUUGUUCUAGCUGUUCUGACUAAAAUGUUUUUGUUUAUUGCAUUUUGUCUCAAUUAAGAAAAGUUUCAACUUUUUUGAGGGAGUACAACACCGAAAAAAGUUUUUUUAUAUUUUGUAGAAAUUCUUACCGGGCAGGACUCUGCACAACAUACCGAAAUGACUGAUCCCUCUCUAUUUAUAAAUUUGAUGCGUUCCAAAUCACAGUUUUUUGAAAUUUUGGGUAAUAUUUAGUGAGUACAAGAUGCAAAUACUGAUUUUUGUUGAAUCAGAAGUAUUUUCUACAACCAUUCUUUUUUUACACUUUUGUGGAGAAAAAGUGUAUGCAAUGUCAUCCAAAUAACUGAUUUUGUUGCAAACUGUUUUUCUUUUUCACAUUUUGGAUUGAAAUAUUGUUAUAAAGGGCAUAUAUCAAUAGACAUAUAUAUACCAAAAUAAUUAAAUUCUGCAGGGGGGUGUAGACAUUUGAUUGGAAAUUUACAUGGGUUUUUGUCUUUAUUUUAAUUUAUGAAAGGAUGGUUGUUCGGUUCGGGAAGGUUGUUUGUGUUCUUGUUUGUCUUGCAAACUGCUGUUUUUUAAAAUUUUCUUUUUUUUGUGGGAAAAAGACCACAUGCAAAUAUACUGAAAGCACAAAUUUUGUAGAAUUGGCCUCCACUGAAGGCUGUGGUGUAAGCUAAUAGCUUUUUCAUAGUUCGUAUUAUAAACUUUUGUUGGGGAGAAUUAAACUGUAUGUGAUGUCAUUUUUGCUGGAAGAAAAUUCCAUGGUUUCACGUUUUUGUUAAGAUUUUUAUAAUUGUGGUAAUAUAUAACUGUGUUUGGUGAUGAUGAAAAAACUUUUUUGUAUUUUAUAUUUUAUGAAAUGCCAGAUUUUUCUAUAAUUUGAUGUGUUUCAUAACCUUUUUGUAGAAGAUUUAUGGACAAUAGCAAUAUAGAACAUGCUAAAUGAACUGAUUUUUGUUGAUUUGGAUGUGCUCCUCAAAAACAGAUCUGUUUUACAUUUUGUGUUAACUUUUGUGAGGACGGACCGUAUAUGCACUUUGUUUUCCAAAAAUCAUAUCUUUGUUGAUUCAAAUUUACUCCUUCUUUAUUUUUGACAUUCACAUUUAAAAUGGUUGGUAAAGGUAACUACAGAUCAUCAUACUAAGGAAAAAUUUUUUGUGUUCUUAGCCUGUUAAUUUUUACAAUUUGUGUAUAUAUAUUUUUUGGAAACAGGAUAGUAUGUAAUCGAAUAAAUGAUUUUCCAGAUAUAAAUUUGAUGUUUUAUGAAACUUCUGAUUGAAAUAUUAAAGGUUUUCAAUGAAGUAAAUAUUUGAGAUGUCUUAUUUCUGACUUUAUUACUGUAUUAUUGUAAGUGUUGUACUUGAUUCUAUACAUUAUUUUGAUUAGUGUUUCAAGCUCUUCACAUAAUCUUUGUUGAUUCAAGUUUAUUCUUUGCUUAUUGAUUUUUUGACAUUUAUGUUUAAAAUUGUUGGUAAAGGGCAGUACGGAACUAAAAGAGAAAAUUUUUGUGUUCUUAACUGGUUGAUUUUUACAUUUUGUGUAAAUUUUUGUGGGAGAGAAAGGUAUGCAACUGAAAUGACUGAUUUUUCUAGAUUUAAAUUUGAUGUUUUCCAAACUAUGGCUUUUUUAUAUUUUUGUAUAAGCGUAAGGGAAAAACAAUAUUUAAACUGUGUAAAAAACUUAUUUUUGUUGAUUUGUGCUAACUCUUGGAGGCCUCCUUUUUGACACUUCAGAAUAAAAUACUGAGGGUUUUCAACAUAAUCACUAAUAAGAUGUAUGUACAUAAUUGAGAUGCGUUAUUUCUGACAUUGUUAUUAUCCGUGUUGUGACUGUUGGUGUUGUAACUGUCGGUCUUCUUACUGUCGGUUUUGUGAGUUUAGUGUUGUGAGUGUCGAUGUUUGAGUGUCGUUGUUGUAACUUUUUAUCAACUAGAUUUUACACCUUGCAAGCUGUUCUUUUUUAUUUUGUGUAAGAUUUGUGUGGAGGAUUUAAUGCGAUUUGAUAUUUGACAUUUUGUGUAAGAUUUUAAGAACAUUUUUUUGUAUAUGCACUGCUGACGUCAGAAAAACAUCUAAAAGAACCUAUUUUCCCAUUGUCCUUCUGCCUAAGUGGAUUUCUCCACGGGCCUUAUCGACUAGUAAUCUCUAUAAUAAUACGCUAAUUCCGUGUGUCUGUCUGUCACUUUUGCAAAGUGGAUUACAUUCUUCAAAUUUUCUUUAACAAAUUCUAUAAAACAUCGCCUAUAAAAUUGUUCUGUAAUUUACCAAACUUUACCGAUAAAAUAGUAUUGACGUCAAAGGAAAGUUAAUUAAGAUUAGUGAAGCCAUUACAAUGUACUUAAAACUUUGAGGCCAAAUAACUUGGAAACGAGGUGGUGACGUCAAUGUUUUUUCACCGCGUGGGUAACUAGGGACAACCUGGGACCAAUUUGGGUAAGUUUUUCAAACCUGGGUCCCCGAAUCCGUUUCGGAAUGGACGGUUUGAUGACGUGAUCAAAAAACCUUUAAACCUUGAUAUCUCUGCAACCGUUUGUCAAAGAUACAUGAUCAUAUACAUUUUCUUGAUCAGCAUUUCAAGAUCUAUACGAUGAAGGCAACAGGUAUACAAAAUUCUAAAAAAAUAUAUUUAUUUUGUAUUUGCACUGCUGACGUCAGCAAAAAAACUAAAACAACCUGUUUUUCCAUUGUCCUUCUGCCUAAGUGGAUUACUCCACGGCGGGCCUUAUCGACUAGUCUAUAUAAUAAUACGCCAGUUCCGUGUCUCUGUGACAGGCAAAGUUGAUAUCGCCAUUUUCCUUUGAUGUUGCCGAAAUUCUCUUUGAAGUCGCCGAAAAAAUUAUGUCUUCUUUGUCGUGAAAAGCUGCGAGUUUUAUGUGGUUUGUUAAAUGAAGUUCUAGCACAAAGUAACGGAAAUUGUGUUUGCAAAAAAGAUGGCUGUUCUUUUUAAGCAAUUUCUACUCUUUCCUUCAAAAUAAAUCUUUACAAAAGCAUUUAAAAAGGGGCAUGGUAUAUAAAUGAAGUAUAGAAAGGUUUCUGUAAGGUUUGUUUAUGUUUUUUUCAGUUUUGAUGAUAUUAUUGAUGCGAGACAUGUUUGUUAGCUAGCAUCAUAAAACCAACCACACCAACAACAACCUAAUAGCUAGCUAGCUCGGACUUUAUAAAUAUGUAGCCAUGUUCUUUAUACCUAGCUAAGUCUCCAGUUUAUAUUCAACUGACCAGCUAUUAGCUGCUGUAGCUAGCUUAUGUUUGCUUCAGUUUUAUGUUGCUUUUUACAUGUAAGCUAAUCUUAGUGGUCUUUGCUAAGAAUGUGACUGUAACUUAUUUCAUUUGACAUUUUAAGCUUAAAUUAACAAGCCACAACAACAUUUAAAAAAGUAUUACAUAAUAUUUAAGAAGAGUUUAAGGACUGUUUUUAAGCAAAUAUUGUAUUUUUCACAUUUUGUGUAUGCAAAUAAUGUAUUUUUCACAUUUUGUGUAACUAAACUUAUAUACAUCGGUUACAUGGAAUAUGACGAAACGAUUUUGAUUUAACAUGUAGUAGUUCUUGUACCUUUAGUGUAGUGAUUUUUGUUGUUCUAGAUGUUCUGACCAAAAUGUUUUUGUUUAUGACAUUUUGUCUUAUUAAGAAAAGUUUCAACUUUUUUGAGGGAGUACAACACCGAAAAAACUUGUGUUUUUUUUAUAUUUUGUAUAAAUUCUUACCGGGCAGGACAACAUACCGAAAUGACUGAUCCCUCUCUAUUUAUAAAUUUGAUGCGUUCCAAAUCGCAGUUUUUUGAAAUUUUGAGUAAUAUUUAAUGAGUACAAGAUGCAAAUACUGAUUUUUGUUGAAUCAGAAGUAUUUCCUGCAACCAUUCUUUUUUUACACUUUUGUGGAGAAAAAGUGUAUGCAAUAUCAUCAGAAUAACUGAUUUUGUUGCAAACUGUUUUUCUUUUUCACAUUUUGGAUUGAGAUAUUGUUAUAAAGGGCAUAUAUCAAUAGACAUAUAUAUACCAAAAUAAUUAAAUUCUGCAAACUUUGAUUUUGUCGUUCACCUCUCAUCUUUUAUAUUUUGAUUAAACUUUUGAGGAAAAUCAUAGGAAUUAUUUAGAAUAUGUAUUUUGUGUUGGAAAUUUAGUGCAAAAAUUGACGUAAAAUGAACUGUUAAAUUGAUUGUUGUUGUUUUAACAUGAAUUAUGACUCAAACUUUGUUUUUGCAUUUCUAAUUUGACUAAUUAGCCUAAAAAUUUGCCAAUUGGUUUUACACUCUGUUCUUUUUUAUAUAUAUUUUAUGUGAACAUAGAAGUACACAAGUAAAGUUAGAAGCCACAAGAAGUUAAUUCGAAAGUGAAGAGUGGAGCUAGAAGUAGUAAAGAAAAGUUAGAAGUAGAAAAUGAAAGCUUGGGUUUAAAGUAGAUUUGGAUUCACAAAUAGACGUAUAGCUAUGGCGGCAGCAUCACAAGCUGGAGGGUCCACUCCACAAGAUGUAAUUAAUAAAAAUGAAUACCAAGUCAAACUGGUUGCUCCCAUCAACGAAUGCUGUGAUUAUUUACUAGAUAUGCUACAUGACCCGGGACGUGGUGACAUGCCGAAAGAUAAAGUAAAACUGUAUCAAGCAUUGAAACCAUUCGAGAAAAAAUUGCAAAAGCAUAAUUUAGAUAUUGCACUUCCAGGAAACGGGGAAACGGAUUCGAAAUCGUUUGAUAUCACAACUCUUUGUGAUAUAUUGAUAAAUUGCUGCCCAAAAAUAAAAAAACCAAAGGGUGGUUGGAAAAUCAAAGCACCAAAAGAAACUGAUUUAAGUGACGGUGCUGAAAUCAUUCGGAUCAGAAACGCAAGAAAUAGUGUUAUGCAUGCUAAAGCGCUAUCUGAGGCAAAAUAUGUUGAGUUAUGGGACGCAAUACAAGCAAUUUUACAUCGGAAUGGUUACGAUAUAAAAAAAAUAACUGACUUAAAAACGCUUUCCUUGAAAGAAUACUGUUUGAAAAAUGAAUUGUUUCAAAUUAAGUUACAAAAAGCAGAACAAGAUAUUAUGAAAGAUGAUGUAAAACAAAAUAAAGAUAGAAUCAAACAGAAUAAAGAUGGAAUCAAACAGAAUGAAGAUAGAAUCAAACAGAAUGAAGAUGGAAUCAAACAGAAUGAAGAUAGAAUCAAACAGAUUGAAGAUAGAAGCAAACAGAUUGAAGAUAGAAGCAAACAGAAUGAAGAUAGAAGCAAACAGAAUAAAGAAGAAAUUAGAGCAUUGAAGGAGGACAAUGAAACUUUAAAAAAAUCGAAAGAGUUCACAAAACUUGCAAGCCUGGAUGCUUUGAAGAUUGUUUCAGAAAAGAUUGGAAGUAAGUGGAAGGAUUUGGCCAGAGGACUAAAAAUCAUAUCAAACGUCACUGUAGACAUAAAUGAUGAAAUUAAAAGAAAGAGACAUAGUGAAGACGAAAGUUCGGAAACUUCUAACAAGAAACAAAAACUUGGCGAAUACAAGGUUGCCCAUAAGAACGAGGAAAAAUGUCUUAAUGAAGUUAACAUGAACAAAUGCUUUGAUAAUAUCAGAAGUGAAAUUCCAUGGGAUGAGCUGAAAAAUCAAUUAAAAUUAAUAGAGCGUCAGGAUAUUGUUGAUACAAUCACGUCAACAACGUGUUGUACGCGCGGGUUGAAAGAGUGCUCCAUAUCACUUAAGCAACAAUACAAGAAAGAAUUAUCGGAUUGGAAAAUGGCUUCAGCGUUUAAAACUGAAUCUGGUAGAAAAUAUACAAUCAAAGAUCGUAGUAAUGCCUAUGUAGACUUGGUAGUAGGGCAAUGGAAUGAAACAUUUGCUAGCGAUCAAGAACACUUUCAAAAGAACAUUAAGUCAAACAAAGAAAAAAUCGACAUAAAGAAUAUCGUUCAGCAAGGUGAUGAAGCCAUUUUAAUUAGAGGUAUUGCAGGUAUUGGCAAGACUUCGUUCGUGGAGAAUUUUGUUUUACAAUGGGCAAACGAGAACAUUUUGACAGAUAUUGACUUUGUGUUUAAAUUUACAUGUCGUGAGCUAAACGCGGUAGGAAAUAUCUCUAGCUGGGAAGAACUUGUGAAACGAUUUUUUCCAAACAUUGGCUAUUUUGAUGGGCUAUUUAAAAAUUUAAUUGAAAACAAUGCUAGAGUUCUCAUAAUCAUUGACGGUAUCGACGAAUUUCGAUACCUUAAUGAUCUAACCAAAUAUUCAGAGGGAAAAUUUGCACAAGAUUUUGUUUCCCUUAUUCACGAUGCAAUCGUCCAGAAGAUAUCCCUACUUUCAAAAGGCAAAGUGAUUGUAUGCGGACGACCGCAGGCUUGUGAUGUCAUUAAAAACAUACUCCAAGAAAAGAAUUCGCAGCUUAAAUUAAUUGAAGUGUCCGGCUUUAGUGAGGACAACGUUGACACUUACAUUAGGAAAUUUUUCCUAUGUAAUGAAGAGAAAAUUAAUUCUUUGAAGACUGCCCUUAAUGAGAUUGAAAACCUUAAAUCCAUGGCUUAUAUACCUAUUUAUUUGUAUAUAAUAUGUACCGUUUUUAAUUCGGAACAGAAGCUGGAAGAACUAAAUACGAUCACAAAAUUGAACAUUGCAGCAUGCUUGGUAUUUUUGAGGGACCACAUGACCGAGUUUAAAGGAAAAAAUUGUGCGCUCAUUAAAUUAUCUGAGAGCGAACAUGUUUUACGGAUGAUUAAAAUUACUUCGGAAUUUGCGUUUAAGUCACUUGAGCAGCAAAGAAUUCUUUUCACACAAAAGGAAUUUGAAAAUGUAGAUAAGGAUUGCUUAAAAACUAUUGAAGAAUCUGGUAUCAUUGAAAAAGUUGAAGGGGAUGAUGAUGGUGACUUUUAUCAGUUCAAGCAUUUGGUUUUGCAGGAAUUUUUUAGUGCUGUUUACAUGUUUCUUGUUGGAAUUGAUGUUGAACCAGUAUCAAAACUUCCAAAUAUGAGGAAUUGUAUUCCUUUGUUGGCUGGGUUGUAUGGAUUACUGAAGAACAAUGAAAACGUCUCUCAGUAUAUCAAGAAAUUUGUUAUUGGUUUAAAUGCAUCACCGAGCGAUUUAACUGUAGAAAACUUGUUCCAAUUCAACGAUAAAGAAAUUUUCCUGUCGAUAUACCACGAGUAUCGAGGUGAAGUUUCAGCAGAUGUUAUAAGACGUGUCUGGAAAAAUAGAAUUUUGAGUAUAUCUUAUCAUCACACUUUUAGCCAGUUUAUUUUUUUUUUUCUGAAGUCAAAAACAGUCGAUUUAGACCUACUAGACAUCGAAUUUAAAAUGGUAGAUGGUCAAAUGAAAGAAAGUGAAAUUCAGAAACUAGUUUCUUUAAAUAGCAUAGAUGAAUUAAUAUUGAAGUUUGUUAGAACAUCCUUAAGUGUCUGGAGUGUAUCAUUACUUUCUGAGUGUAUUUCAAAUGGACUUAAUGUACGGAGCCUAUCUAUAUAUGAAGGAGAUUUAAGCGAUGAUCAUAUCAAAUGUUUACAAAGUUGUAUACCACAUUUACGUAUAUUAAAUCUUACGCGUGAUUCGGAAAUGACGCUAACCUCAAUGCAGCACUUAUCAAAAUCAAUUAAACAAGGUUUAGAAAAAAUCUCAAACUUUUCUUCAUAUUUUUUCCAUCUGGUUGUUUGUUACUUCUGUGACAUGAAGCGCUGGAAACUUUAAAGUUAUUACAGCCUUUCUGUAUUCUUGUAAAAUGUAACGAACGUAAACGUUUUGUAAAAUAAACAAUUUUUUGUAAGAUAAUUUUUUUAACGAAUUUAUUCUUCUUUUAACUUUAAAUAUAAUCUCUAAAUAAUCUUUAACAAAUAAAUAAAUAUGAAAUUUCAUGUUGUAGAUUAUUUUAUGAAGAAAUCUGCUUUUGAGUUAAA